AUGAAUUCUAUUAGGAAACAUAUAAAAUUAUAUAAUUCAUUCAGAAACUAAUUUCAGUCAUUCUUUAUGAUUUCCAAGUCUGCUCUUUAGUUAGUUCUUCAAGGAAAUUGGUCUCCCUCCCAUAAUCCUCCUUAAUCUUUCACAAAUUAUCCUGGUUAUUUUUGUAUUAUCACUAUAAGACUUCUAGCACUCUCCCUUCCUCAAUCCAAUGGAACCAAUACUUUCAACUUUGUUCACAAAAUUAUGAUCUAUUCAAUUAGUCUUCUUUAAAAUCCUCAUAAUCUUUGUAGUACUCUAUUCAACAAGAUCACCUCUGUUAUCUUAAAAUUCAAAAUACAGUGUAUUCAAUCCAGUAAUCCUAACUAGACUCGUUUUGUAAAUAUUACUCUUCCUGGUGAUAUAUCAAAGUCAUCUGAAUACACAAAAAUUAAAUACUCUUUCUCAUCAUAAUCAAAGACUUAAUACUGUAGUAGCAUCAAAACAAAGGUGAACAAUUUCUGCUACACUAAAUCCUGA